AUGGACCCCAAAUCAUUGGAAUCACUUAGAGAGUGCAAAUUGAAUCUCCUUGAGAUUCUGGAGGUUCAAUCACGUGACUGGGCAACAGAACACUAUAAACAGCUGAUAAAAAAGGCGGGAAAUGAGGCGAAAUUGAUCAUCACAACAACAGCUAACUACCUGCUGCAAUUAAAAGAGGAGCUGAAGGAUCUGAGAGAAAUUCUCCGGAAACUGAACAUAAAAAUGGCAGAGGAAGUACUGGGGAUAGUAGUCAAGGGUUUAUUUACAGACGGAGAAACUCUAGAAACGAAUGAAAAAGAUGAACUUAAAAGCUUGAAAAGUGAUGAAUUCCGUUUUGAGUAUGGGGAAGCGGAUACUCUCCAUGAUAGACAAGUUAAUAUUAAGUUGAAUCUAGACAUCAAAAAGUCUAUCAUACAGACCAGGGAGAUCUUAGAUGAAGUGGAUGAUGACAUUAUGGUAAACACCACAGCUGUUGAAAAGCUGGAAGAUUUCAUCCAGAAGUGGGCAGAGAAACUUCUAGAAGAGGAAGAGGCUGAUAAGCCUACAGAAGAGGAAGAAAUCGUGCCUGCAAACAAUGAAGAGGAAGGUGCAGACACUGAGGCUGAAAAAGAGGAAGAAGGUCAAAAGAAUAAAGAAAGAACUUUAAAUGGAGAUGAGACGAAUCAGAACAAUGAGAGCAGAAGCACAGAAGUGGAAGAGAUUCAGAAAGAAGACAGACUGUCUCAGAAUGUUGAUGAUGAAGAUGUCGCAAAAAGCAAUAAUGGAGAAAACCAGAUCAGUGAUGACAUUGACAAGGACACUCUUAAAUUAGAGGUUGAAGAAAAUACAAUUGAUGACAAAAAAUUAAAAGGUAGAUCCAGAACACUGACCUCAAUGAAAACGGAUAAACUUGAUGCCAUACCAGAAUCAGAGGAUGAUGAAAAAGAAGAGGACACAGUAAAUAUCGAUGAAAUGACGGUUUCAGGGACCACUGCAGAGAACGUCAAAAAUGGUGAAAAGCAAAAUCCACUUGAAAAAGAUGAAGAUCCUGCAGAUGAAUCCAGAGAAGAAAACAACGAUGAAAUGGAUAACCAAGAAAAGAAGGACGACGAUGAUCAGGAUGAAGAUUUAGAAACCCAGAUGAUGAAUGAGUUACAAGAACAGGAGAAACAGAAACUUGAGGAUCCAUUUCCCGAAGAAGACUGGGACACCUUUGUGUUUCAUCAAACUAUAAAUCAACCCGAAAAUCAAGAUAAAGAAAUCAUAUGUGUUGUCAUUGCAAAACGCGAUAUGUUGAGACGAAAUGAUGUUAUGUGUGUUAAUUCGCAUAAUCCAAACGACCUAAGAGAAUGUUUAAGGAAUAAACACGAGAAACUAUUGUCCUUUUUUGUUACUGUUAGCUUUGCAAAAGAACCAGUCGAUAAGAACGAAUGUUUCGUUUUUGUCCCAUAUCAUCAACCCUCGAAGAUGUUAGAUUACGUGAUCAGAAUUCGAUCACAUGAUGGCCAGUGGACAGAUCUACCUCCUCAUGACAUUUCAAAACUUACGUCAGUUCCGGGGGUAAAUUUUAGUGGAAUCACAGUCCAGGGAAAGUUUCCUAUCGGACUGAUAGUUGUUGCACAUGGAAAACCAAUUCGAUAUAAUGUCCCAGAAGGAGGAAUAGCAGUAGAACCUGCAAACGACAGGAACAUAACACUUCUAGUUUCACCUGUAACAUUCAGCAAGGAGACUCAUAUCUCGUGUUUUGCAGAUGAGAUUCUUCCUGAAAGUCUCAGGGCUUACAAGAAACAGAACAUGGAGAUUAAGAAUGUGGCAAGCGUUAGUGCAAGGUUACACUUGGUGUGUGAAAUGUCUACUGAGGACGAACUGUCUGUUAUAUUUUAUGACCUCCUUAGAAAAGCAUCCGAAAAUGAAGAAUCCGACAAUCUCCCAUAUUGUCAAAAGGAGGCUCUUAGCAGGUGCUGGAGACAGCUGGUGAAUGAGCUUACAAUAGAUACACUGGUUGAAAGGAUGGAAGAAUGGGGAAUACGAACAAAUAUACAACUCGGUGGAGAGCAGUUUUCGAUACGUCAGAAAAUCGAGAAUGAAGAAACAUUGGGCGACAAAGCUCGCCUGAUUCUGAAGGAGAUCGAGAAGUGUACAUUGGAGGAUUUUAAUAGUUUUAUUAUUUGUCUUCGCGAGUCCAGUCAACCAUAUCUCGCCAAACUCCUUACAGAUACAGUAGAGAGAAUCAAGAAAGAGCCUAAAACUGCUAGUGCUUUUAUCUUCCUAGGAAAAACUAACAUGAAGAUUCUGGUACGUCGAGAUAAUGGUCCAUGGGUACCCUCUAAUCCUGUGGUUAUUCCUGAAAGGCCAGACGAUCUGGUGGUCGUUCUACCCUCAGGGGGAUGUGAAUUUCAAAUAGUGGUUGUGAACUUGUCUGGUCAUAUCAUGAAGCGAGAUCUCUGUAACUUCGCUGAUGAUAUCAUAAGUAAUGCCAGUGAAAGUCGUACGUCGUUAAUCUGCAGACAACAUUCAACUCGCCCUGAGAAAAUUACUAUCCAGUGUGUUCGCGAGGAAGAUGUUGAGUCCAGAAUAAGGCACUUAAAGGACAAUGGGUACACACUAGGAUUGCAGGAAGACAUUCAAUUUGGGAUGUGUGACGGUGAAACUUUGGAAAUUACUUUUGACCUCAAUAUAGGUCUAGUGGACAUUGGUGAGGAUGGGGUUUUAAGACUCCACUACUUCGAUUACCUGGACACUGCUAGAAUGUUUGGAGAUUUGUUUCUAGUGGAUGAACGUGCCCAGUCUCAGGAACCGCUGUUUUCUGGAGAUCUGUAUUACAAUGUUGGCUCUGUCAAACAGAGGCCUCCAAGAACAGGGUGUUUUAAGAUCACCCUUCCGAAGUCAGCAGCGCCAUAUAUUGACAGAACACCUUUCCGGAUGCUUCAUGUUCAGGUUAUCGCCCUUGCUAAAUACAUCGGUUACCGGGUUGGUCCUCUCGGCAGAGAUAGUGUUCUCCGGUUUGCACAGUCUUUGGUUGACGACGUAGAUUUGCGCAGGCGCCUGUAUGUUAAAGUACGCCGAGUUUGUAGAGGAAAAGACGACAGAGCGCGUUGUGAGAUGUUUAUCAUCAACUGGGCACGGCAACGUCUAAAAUUCGAAGAUAAAGUUGUAUUGCUGCUUGAUGCCCUUUGGUUCGAGCCAGACAUACAAGCGGACGCCAAAGAUUUUGCUCUUGUCUAUUCCAAUUCAGGAAUCCUCUGUGACCAUUAUUUACAAAAAAUGUCGGAAUUUAUAGGAGAGGAGUGGAUAACUUUAGGAAGAAAACUUUGUAUCCCUGAUCGGGACUUGAAUCUUCUCAGAAUAGACUAUAAAGACAAGGCAGUGAGAAACUUUAAACUUUUAGACACUUUCAGGUUUUCUAGAAUCGCCAUUGAACAGGGAACCAGCGUGAUCCGGUUUUUGCUGCGGGCCUGUAAAAGUGCAGGAUGUAGCGCUGGCUUGAUAACGUUUAUUCGGUACAUCGCAGGAAUUUUCAAAGAACUCACCUUUAUGAGACCACAGAGCUGGAUGAGCAUGAGUUCUGCUAUGCCGUCGGUAGAAAUCACGUAAAAA